CCGAUACUCAUGGACAAGAAAUUACCUUCUUCGCCCUUCACACUAUGGCCGCAAACCCCUUGGGUGAAACUCUCGUUCUUGCCGCUCCUGGCAUUGAGGGGAAGCCUACGGUCGCUCCAAGCCACGAAGCCGUCAACGCGUUCACUGACGAGAAGCACCGUCUCGCGGAUAGUGAUGGAGAGCUCGACAAGAAGGGUACCCUGGAGCCUGAGAUCAAGGCAGCAUUGCCUGCAUACGACGAUGCCGAUCAGGACGAUGAUAACCACAUCAUUGUCACAGGAGCUGAUGCUGCUGCCCAUUUGUUACCCAUGCGGGACGACGGCGAUCCGGCCUUGACAUUCCGGAGUAUAUUUCUCGCGACCAUUUUGUCUGCAUUCCAGGCCGUGGUUUACCAGAUCUAUAUGUUCAAGCCAACACUCGUUACCAUCCAGGGGACCUUCAUCGUGCUCAUGGCUUACUUUCUAGGCAAUGCAUGGGCCAAGGUCCUACCGCGAGGCGAUAAGUUCGAGGCCCGAUGGAUCGCCAAAGGCGGUGUUGGUAAAAUCCCGAUCUACAUUCGGAUAAUCUCAUUCUUCAAUUAUGGCGAAUGGAACUUGAAGGAACACGCAGUUGCAGCUAUCACAGCUACGUCGGCAUCGAUCGCUGCUCCCAGUAGUCAGGUCUUUGCUGCGCAGGACAUCUUCUACGAUCUGCCUCUCAGCCCUAUCACUGUUAUUUUCAGCACCAUCUCGAUUGGACUCUUUGGGUACGGCAUUUGCGGCAUCAUGCGUCCCAUCUGCGUCUGGCACGUCGAUGCAGUCUACUGGAGCAGUCUUCCGACCGUGAAGGUCAUCCAAGGUCUCCACUGGCAAUCCGUCAAGAACUCCAAACCACUCAGGUGGUUUUGGAUCGCCUUCUCCGGAAUGUUCGUCUACGAGUUCUUCCCGGCAUACAUAUUCCCGUGGCUCAACUCAGUCUCUAUUCCUUGCCUGGCGGCUAUGCAUGCAGUUGGGUCAAAGGCGGCAAUAAUUACCAACAUUUUCGGUGGCGCUACCAACAACGAAGGCCUGGGUCUUCUUAAUCUUUCGUUCGAUUGGCAAUAUAUCACUUCGUUCCAGUCAUCGCUUCCACUCAAGCUUCAACUACACCAGACCGCAGGGCUUGUUGUGUGCUUCUUCGUUAUGCUUGGUAUCUAUUACGGCAAUGCUUGGAAUGCGAAAUCGCUCCCAUUUAUGUCGACUCGGUUGUUGACCGCGGACGGGGAUAGAUAUCCCAGCACAAGCGUGUUUGUUGAUGGUGUGCUCGACAAGACUGCUUUGGCCAAGUAUGGGCUGCCGAGACUUACGGGGACUUUUGCAUACUCCAUGUUCAUGGCCAAUGCUGCGAUUGGAGCUAUGAUUGCUCACAUUGCUCUUUUCUGGGGUGGGGACAUUGUCAAAACGUUCAAGCUGGCUAGAGUCGGAAGCUUCAACGACCCGCAUCACGCCCACAUGCACAAAAACUACAAGGAAGCGCCAUGGUGGUGGUACAUCUCUGUGCUUGUCUUCAGCUUUAUUCUUGGACUCAUCGUCGUUAUCAAGGAGAACGUCACUCUCCCCGUUUGGGGCUACAUUAUCGCAUUGAUCACGGGAGUCAUCAUUGCACCCUUCAGCACGAUCCUCUACUCUCGUUUCGGUAACGGCAUUGCGACGAACAAUUUGUCCAAGGUCAUCGCCGGCCUGAUUCUGCCCGGGCGUCCCAUUGGCAACAUGUACUUCGCUGCGUGGUCUCACAACGUUAUCAACGGCUCUGUCCAGCUCAGUAUGGACCUGAAGCUCGGCGAAUAUCUCAAGAUCCCUCCUCGUGUCAUGUUCCUGACCCAGAUCUACGGCACCAUACUUGGUGGAUUCAUCAACUACGCUGUCAUGAUCUCUAUCGUUACAGGAAACAAAGAGCUGCUUGCCGAUUCCGACGGCAACGCAUCGUGGAGUGGUGCAACCAUGCAAUCUUACAACACCAAUGCGUCGACCUGGGCGCUCGCCGCCUAUCUUUACAAGCAAGGCCAAACCUACUCAAUCGUCCCCUUCGGACUUCUCGUUGGUGCUGGCAUCGUCGCCGUGCACCGCAUCGUCGCCCAAUUCGUCCCCAGAAUCGGCAAGUUCUCGCUCCACGAGAUCAACUUCCCGCAGUUCAUCCAGUACGCGGGUUACAUCCCAUACAACCAGUCGCAAACAUGCGUGCUUCUCAGCUGGACCAUUGUUGGGUUUUACACGCAGUUCUACCUGCGUAACUACAGGCCGCGCAUUUUCAAGGACUACUCGUACCUCAUUGCGGGUGCGUUCGACGGCGCGAGUCUUACUUGCCUGUUCAUUCUGUCUUUCGCCGUCUUUGGUGCUGGAGGCCCGGCAAUUCCGUUCCCGCAGUGGUGGGGAAACAACGUUGCUGGAAACUACGACCACUGCCCAGUUGCGUAGUAGCAGCGCUCAAGGACUGGUAGACCACUGGCGUGUCUUUCAACUUUCAGGUCGUGCCAGGGUAGCUAGAUCUAGUUUAGUUCUGGACGAGGUAGAUUCUUUGCACAUAUUCAUUCGUUCGUACAUACGU